GGGGGGGAGGGGGCUGGGCAAGGGGGGCGCCAAGCGGCACCGCAAGGUGCUGCGCGACAACAUCCAGGGCAUCACGAAGCCGGCCAUCCGGCGCCUGGCCCGCCGCGGCGGCGUGAAGCGCAUCUCGGGGCUGAUCUACGAGGAGACGCGCGGCGUGCUGAAGGUGUUUCUGGAGAACGUGAUCCGCGACGCCGUGACCUACACGGAGCACGCCAAGAGGAAGACGGUGACGGCCAUGGACGUGGUGUACGCUCUCAAGCGCCAGGGACGCACCCUCUACGGCUUCGGCGGCUAAACUCGAUUCCUGGGACAGGUUGCACGCAUCUAAAACACAAAGGCUCUUUUCAGAGCCACCCACAAACAUCAC